AAGAAGAAGGAAGUGUAGAGUGGUUUAUUAAUAUUCAUGAGAUACAGUAGGAUUAGUGAAGGUCUCUUGUGCAUUAUGAUUUAUCUUCAUGGCAGCUUGUUUAGGUAGAAAAUGCGUCGCUAUAUUCGCGCGUUGCUCGUUUGCACGUUAUUCAUCUUCGGUUCGCUCUUGUACACAUUUAAUCAACUCGUGUCGUCGCUGGAGAGCGACAAUCAUCAGGCGCGAGCACACCGGACACGCGCAGCAGAUCCGGGGCCACGCGAGAGCAAUGACAGGUGUAAUUCAGGUUUGGUCACACAUUGGGACCCAUAUCAGAUGACGCCCUCUGCUGUUUGUGGACAGAAGUGCUUUAUGGAGACGGCUGUUAGGUACACGAUGGCUCCAGCGUUCGUGGGACAUCAGCGAUCAGAGCCCGUCAGACUGGCUGUAGUGACGUGUGGUUCCCGACUGAACGAAUCUCUUACUAUGCUAAAAUCUGCCGUCCUCUUCAGCUACACAAAUCUUCACUUUUAUAUUUUCGCAGAGGACGAGUUACACGCCGGCUUCAGACAGACGCUGGAGUCGUGGCCGCCGAAAUAUCGCUCCAAGUUUAACUACAGCAUUUAUCCCAUCACAUUCCCCAGUGAGAACGGCAGAGAGUGGAAGAAACUCUUUAAACCGUGUGCAUCGCAAAGACUUUUUCUUCCGCUGAUCCUGAAAGAAGUGGACUCUUUACUGUAUGUGGACACGGACAUCUUGUUCCUGCGGCCGGUGGAGGAUCUCUGGAAAUUUCUUUCAGGCUUUAACGGCAGUCACGUGGCUGCCAUGGCACCGGAGCACGAGGAGCCACGGAUCGGAUGGUACAAUCGUUUCGCUCGACACCCGUACUACGGCCGGACCGGAGUAAACUCAGGAGUCAUGCUGAUGAACCUGACACGAAUCAGAGCCAAACAUUUUAAGAAUGACAUGACAAGAGUGAAUCUGAAGUGGCAUGAGCUGUUGAUGCCUCUACUACACAAAUAUAAACUCAACAUCACCUGGGGUGACCAAGACCUGCUCAACAUCAUAUUUCACUAUAACCCAGAGAGUCUGUCGGUGUUCCCGUGUCAGUGGAAUUAUCGUCCGGAUCACUGUAUCUACGGCAGUAACUGUGUCGCCGCCGAACAACACGGCAUUUACAUUCUCCAUGGAAACCGAGGUGUUUAUCACGACGAUAAGCAGCCGGUAUUCAGAGCCGUAUAUGAUGUCAUUCAGAAGUAUCCGUUUGGAGGAGAUGCAGUCCACGGUUUACUUCUCCCGCUGGAGGAAAAGUUAAAGGACGGUGAGCACACGUACUGCGGGAGAGUCCGGCACAUCUUCACCAAACAAUUACAAGAAAGUGUCAAAGGAUUACAGCGAGAUCGAGAGAAAACAAGAUGAGUUUUAAAAACCAAAUCCAUCAGAAACUGACAAUCAUUCAUCAUAAUCUUACUUGUAAACACUGAGAUCUGUUGAAUAUCUUCUACCUCAUGAUAUCAGUGAUCAGCGUUCAGUUUUAAUCACGAGCUUUGACAGAAUUGACUUUAGUGUUGUGUAUGAAGAGAUAUGAGACUACAAACACACACGUGUCCUAAACAAAUACAUCUCUCACGUUACUGUUGUUCAAAGAUUUACAGUUUAUCUCCUCGGGGUAAACGGAUGAAAAGUAUUGAUGACUACACAGAUUAGUGUCUAAUGAAAGUCUCUUCAGGUGUCAUCAGCACUAAACCUGCUGACUGUUUCCUAAUAGACACAUUAACUCAGAAAGCAACUAACUAGCUGUAUAAAAUAAUACACAAACACAUGACUGUGAACUGAAUCAAUGAGGUUUUAUUGUGCCAUUGCAGGGAAUUUAAAAAUGAAAUGCUCUCAUCACUUUAUUGUGUCACUCACGUCUGGAUAGGAUGAAAUGUGACGGGUACAGAUGGUAAUAUAUGUGUAAAUUACAUUGAGUAUAUAUAUUUAAUAUAAAAAUACAGAUUUUAAGAUCAAAUUACAAUUAGUAAAGAACAAAUCUUUGAGUCUUAAAUGUUGAAUAUUAUAAUAAUAGGGUUGUCAUGUUCCUGAGAGGUUAAAGGACAAACUCUCUUCAUGCAGGUAAUACAUUACACAUUAUACAGUCACGUGUUCAUAUACUAUAUGUUUAUUACACUGAUAUUUCUAUAUGUAACAUUCUUACAGUGCUACAUAUUAUUUCUUAAAUUAUUAAAUGAGAGUAUCGCCACAUUUUAUAAAAUGUGAAAAUGUGUUAGUGACCCAGAAUAAUAAUUUUUUAUUCAUUAUAUUUUUAUCAUCAUUGUGUCUCAAAAAUACAACAACAUUUUUGUAUCAUCAACAUUGAAAUAACUUCAGUGUAUUUUUGAAAU